CUGCGUGUACUGGCUUGGGAGGAUGUAUGCCCGCCUGGCGACCGCAUCGAGAAGAUUGCGGAGGCUUCUUAUGCGGAGGUCUACCGGGUCACAAACGAGCGUGGUACCAGCAUCAUUAAAGUCAUCCGUCUCGAGUCGCCCCUCAGACCCCAGACGAAGACCCAACAGAGAUCUGGACUCGUCGACGAAGUGCCCCAUGGUGAGGAGGACCUGCAGGGCGAGCUCAGGAUCUCGGAGCUUGUGGCUGACAUCCCUGGCUUCGUCAUCUACAAGGAGAAAUACAUCGUGGAGGGCAAGACUACCCCCGCCCUUCUCGAGACACAUCAGACAUUCCACAGAAGGGCCAAACGAAAAGACCCUGAUCGCCUGCAGUUCUAUCCAAGCCCCAGUCGGUACCUAAAAGACACCCGGUUUCUUGUUGUCGAGCUGGGUGACGCGGGGACGGCGCUGGAAGACCUGGAGAUCGAGUCAGCGGCGCAGAUCUGGGACGUCCUCCUCGGUGUUGCUGUGGCCCUGGCGAGGGCGGAAAAUCUGAUCAGGUUUGAGCACCGUGACCUUCAUGAAGGUAAUAUCUGCGUCCGUCAGGUCAGUCCGGCGAGACCAAAGUCUGACAAGUCCGCUUGUCAAUUUGGCUAUUCUGGCCUCGACGUGACUAUUCUUGACUAUGGUCUCUCCCGGGCAGAAGACACCAACUCUCCUGACGUUGCGCCCGUAGCCAAUGAUCUCGAGAGGGACCUCAGCUUGUUCACCAGCACUCACGCAAAGCAGUGCAAAGUCUAUCGUCAAAUGCGCUCCUAUCUGAUCAACGGCGAUCGUCUCUGGCUGCCUCCUCAGGAACACAACGAACCCUACGAAAAGGACCUUCACGGGUCCCCCAUUUCCUGGCUGCGGCAACACCCAUAUACCAAUGUCCUGUGGCUGGCUUACCUCUACGAGUACUUGACGACCAAUUUCCAAGGCCCGGAGAAGGAGCUCACGGCUUUCCAGAAGCAGUCACAAGAGUUCUGGACCCACCUCAACCCUGAGUCUCCAUUGGAGAUCAUGUCGUUUUCCAGCGCAGAAGAUAUUGUGGAAUUUGCGGCAGAGGCGGGCUGGAUCACGGAGGAGCAGCUUGCCGGC